GCUGCCCGGCACAUGCUUUGAGGACCUUCCCAGGUACUCCAUCUGGGCCUGCAGACUUCCUGGGGUUCGCUGCACAGAGUACACGCCUCACAUCCUGUCUCUCAAGAGUGAGUGGGGAAUUGCUAGAGGCUGGUGUGGGUUGUGGUGGUCUCUGACUUUUACUUCAGGUUCUGCUCGAGGCCUCUUCCUGCUGACGGGGAGUUUUGGCCUGGUUUUUACUGACUGACCUCCACUCUGUGGUUUUAAAGUGAGCAUCUGCAGAGGAAACCAUCACUGCCACAGCUGUAGGUCAGACUUCCUGUUUUUGUGAUGAGCAUUAAUGAUGAAAACCAAGACUCGUCAUCACUCAGACUGGCUGCAAUCUUGUUUCUCAGAGUUCAAACCCAUCACGCUGCAGUGAGUUUGUUUUUUAAAAGCUCCUGUAAGAAAGUUUCACCUGAAGAGCUGCUCUCAGGAGGUCUCUUGGCCUGUCAGUCAAAGCUGAGGGCACUCAAGUAACUCAUGGGUGACAUGCUGGAGGCAGUUCAGGUUUGGGACUCACCCCAUACCCCAAUGGAGGACGGUAAGGAGGAUGUACUGCUGCGGGAGCUUUCAAAGCUACCAAUUGUGGAGCUCUGGAGGAUCCAGUGGGGUCUCAGUCAGUCAAACCUGCUGCAGGACUUCCCCCCCAUCCCUCCACGCUGGCUGCGGUCUGCUGACGCCUGCAGCACCGCCAAAACAAUGAUGAGGUGUUACCAGGAGGACAGAGCGCCAGCAGUGUUGGCCGCAGUCCAGUCUCUAAUCGGCGGAAAUCAUCAGGUUCGCCCUGUACGUUUCACCAUGAUCCCCCUGAGACCUGAAUCAGAUCUAAAACCUGUCCAAGGCUUUGUGAAGACUCAGCGGCGGAAGCUUAUCAGCAGGAUCCAGAGACCCAGCCCCAUCCUGGAAGCCCUGCAAUGCUGCAGGAUCCUAAACGCCUCAGAAAGGGAGGCCAUUGCCAUCUACGGAGCUUGCAAGGACAGGAACCGGGUUCUAGUAGACCUGGUCCUCAGGAAGGGGGAGGAAGCUCAGCAAGUGUUCUACCACGCCCUUGGUCAAUCAGAACCCUUUUUACUGCAGGAGCUGAAAGAGGAUCACAUCAGGGACAAGAAUGCCUCAGACUCAGUUGUCAUCAUGGAGAUGUUGGAGUUUCUGGUCUCAGAUGAACUCAAGUGUUUCCAGUGGUUGGUCAACAAAUACAUGACUGCAGAAAGUCACUCUCCCAUUGGUGGAGAGCAGUUGGAACAUGCAGACAGACGGACGACGUGGAGACUUCUAGAAAAACUCUUUGGAUCCAAUCGGGCAGAACGUGUCGCCAUGGAGAUCCUGAUGAAGAUCGUGCCAACGCUGUGUCUCUUUUUUCAAGCAGAAGCAGUGACAUCACUGACCUACUCUGACAUCAGGUUGGAGACAAAUACACCACAGGUUGAGAUUACACCUGAGGUCAGCGAGGAUGGGAGCAUAUUCAGGUUGCGCUGCCAGCAGCACGGUGUGUUCAGGUGCAGUCUGACAGGCCUGGUGUUGGAGGGAUUUGGUGACGUGGUGUAUGAGAUGGUUCCCUGGGAUGUGGACUUCCUGUCCUCUAAAGGGCUGCAGGUGGCAGGAGCUCUGUUCAGGUUCCACCUGCUGACUGGGAGCUUCCAGCGACUCCACCUGCCGCAUUGCCAGCUGCUCUCAGAUGGUGGUCAGCACUUCCUAUCUGUAGCUCAUGUCACUGGGGAAUGUGUGGACUUUAUCACUCCAGGUCAGGUGACCGAUAGUCAUGUGACAGUUGAUAUCUCGGGCUUCUCGUGCUUUGGUCUGGUGACCCCAGCGCCCAGUGACCAAAUUGCUGGCCUGGUGUUGAUCUUCUCUCAACCCACAAAUUCCACACUGUUUGUCCUGCUGCUGCCCAGGAAUGUCUGCCUCACUCAGGUGAGAAAAGAGUGGAAGCGGCGGAUUGGGGCUGAGUACGUCGAAGCUAUUCCUGACUGCGAACUGAUCCCAAAUCACACAUACAAACUGAUUGGAGAGCCCGUCACAGUCAUCCAGCCAGAGAUAUCAAAGUUCGUGAACUUCAGAGACUACAACAACUUCCUGCCGUCAUUCCAGGUGCAGCUGAAGGCUGGAGCCACACAAGUGAGGCUGCAGCUCAGGAGUCAUGUGGCUGGAUCCCAUCUGAUCGGCUGGCUGUUUGGCAACAAAGAGUGUGAGGUCUGGGCCCGAGACAUCCAGCUAAAAGUGAAGGUGCUGGACUUGCAGGACGAAGAUGCGACCCUGCAGCUGCUGCAGAUGCUCAACCGUCUCGGUUCAGAGGAUCUGAAAACCUUCCAGCGCUUCCUGAGUCUCCGGACUGAUCCGAUCUCCGUCAGCCGACUGGAGGCCGCAGACAGAACCAAAACUGUUGACCUCAUGGUCCAGAAGUACCACGCCGAGGGGGCCAAGGAGGUAACUGAGGAGAUACUGAGGAAGAUGAGCUACAACCAGCUGGCAGCUGCUCUCAACAAGAGCUGAUCAAUCAGAAAACAGAUGUUAAAUUUUUUUUAAACAUGAUUAAAUGUUUAUAAUUCUCUGUAUGAACAAGGUUCAGUGGUUUAUUUUUACAAACACCUGUUUCAAUAUUUGAGAUGAAAUUAUCUAAAAGAUUUUUUUAAAAUAAAAAGAGAGAAACUCUUAAAGUGACAACAACCACAUUUCUGUUUGAAUUUCCAAAAAUGUCACAAGAUCAAGAACAGGAACACUGAUUGCAUUACAACUCCCCAGAACUAACAGGUCCGCGAACACCUCAUCAGGAAACAAAGUGUAAAAUCUCACCUAUAAAUGUCAGCAGAUUGUUUCUUUUCUGAUCACAUUAAGUAACUAUGACAGUAUUGCAAAUAACUUGUUUAUGCACAUUUUCAUGUGUUAGAGCCCCAGCUUCAUUUCAGGAGAUGAGAUGAGAUCGUGGUGGCAUUGUCCCUUUCAUGUUUUUGUUUCUUUAAUGAUAAAACAUAGAUUUGAUCCUUGAUAUCUUCAGUUUGAAAUGCAGAUAGGAAUUAAAAUGCCCGUCCACAGCAUGCCAAUGCCUACCAUUUCUGUUCUCCUCCACCUCUGGUAUGGGGCCAGUCUAUAAUCGCUGUGCUGAUUAGGCAGAACAGAAAUCACUGUAUUCAAGAUGGUUGGGCAACAUGGCAGCUGUUAUCUAUUUUUAAUACAUUAAUGAUAAGUUCAUGAGGGUUCCUCAAUUGUUGGAAGAUGUAGCUACUCACUAAUCAAUGUAUAUUUAUGAGUACAGUAUUUUCUUCUAUUAAAAUAAAGAAAAAAAAUGACUGAGUAUACCCUUCAUCACAUCUGCAGAUGACAUUUUGUGUUAGUUUAGUGUAAAUGCUAGAAAACAAAGGAAACUGUUAGCAUAGGUGCAUACUUUCUACAUGCAUGCUCUUGUGGCUAAGACGUCUUAUACUGGUUUAAGCCAAGGUGUAUGGCAGCUUUAUGUCGUUGCAAUACCUUUUACAGCAUUAAGAGGUAUUGUUAUUGUAAUCACUGAUGGAUGC